CACAAUUGUUACGUUCUACGUUGUUACGUUCUUCGUGGUUUCCAUUGUCUACGUGGUGAAAUGUCACUUUGACAACUAUCAUAUAUUUAUUUUAUUUUUGUAUUGCUUUUCCAUUUAAAAACAAAUCUUAAUUUAGAAUCCAGAGUUUUAAAUGUUAAAAACUAAAAAUCAUGUCAUCAACCACCAUUAAAAUAAGUUAUGUAGCUAUAAUUACUUGCGGUCUUGCACUACGUUCGAUAAUAUCUUUAUAUGAUUAUUCUGGAGCAGCAACACCCCCCAUGUAUGGCGAUUACGAAGCUCAACGACAUUGGCAGGAGAUAUGCGUUAAUUUGCCGGCGUCCGCUUGGUACACAAAUUCCACCGACAAUGACCUGCUCUACUGGGGCCUUGACUACCCACCACUUACAGCAUACCAUAGUUUCUGGCUCGGGAAGAUAGCAAACACACUUAACUCAUCAUAUGUAGAAUUGCAUAAAUCGAGAGGAUUUGAGUCGGAAUCGCAUAAGUCUUUUAUGCGAUUCAGUGUUUUAGCUGCUGAUAUUUUGGUCUAUAUGCCAGCUAUAUUGUUGGCUGUUAUAGAGAUAAAUCGUUUGCAAUCCCGCAAAGGAAGUAUAAAUCCAACUAUGGUUUUACAACACUUAGCUGUAUGCCUGUUCUAUCCAGCACAAAUACUUAUAGACAACGGACACUUUCAAUACAACAAUAUAUCGCUGGGUCUGGCUGCUCUAGCUGUUGUGGCAAUAUUGAGAGAUCGGUUGAUGUUCGGAGCAGUUUUCUUCUCCUUGGCACUGAAUUAUAAACAAAUGGAACUUUACCACGCGCUCCCGUUUUUUGUGUACAUGCUAAAUAGCUGUUUUCAGGAAAAAACUUACAAGCAGAGAAUUCUUAAACUAAUUAAAAUUGGAGCAUGUGUUAUACUGACUUUCGGUCUUCUCUGGGUGCCAUGGAUGACAUCUUUUGAUAACUUCUUCGGUGUGCUACGUCGAAUAUUUCCCAUUUACCGUGGAGUGUUUGAGGACAAAGUUUCAAAUAUUUGGUGUGUCCUGAAUGUGGUCAUCAAAUUGAAAACCAUCUUUAGCAAUGAACGCAUGGCAUUAAUAUGCUUGGUGACAACUGGUCUAAUGCUCACUCCGAGUGCGAUUCAGCUAUACCGAAAACCUUCUAAACAAGACUUUCUUUAUUUGCUUUUUAAUUCUGCAUUGACGUUCUUUUUAUUCUCCUUUCAAGUUCACGAGAAAUCAAUUUUACUUCCGGGACUUCCUGCGAUGUUGCUCUAUCCAAUUGAGCCUUUGAUGGUGCCGUGGUUUCUACAGAUUUCGACUAUUAGUAUGUUUCCACUUUUGUACAAAGAUAAACUUGUGCUGCCUUUCAUCUGUAUGAUUAUUAUAUUUCAACUUUUAUCUAGACUGAUAAGUGGAAAAGAACAUCAGAAUAUUAUGUCUCAGCAAAUUAAAUGGCUUUAUCACUGCUCAUGUGUGAUGAGUUUAGUUUUAGUUUUGUGUCACUUAUAUGCACCAGUGCCAAAAAAACUGCCACAUUUGUAUGUUCUGGCAAUAUCUGUAUUUUCUUGUUCCCAUUUCUUGGUGUUUUUGGGUUACACAAAUUAUAAACAGUUUAUUUCCAAGCCAUAUAUUCAUAAAGUUCAUUUAAAAUAAAAAGCAUUGCCUUAAAACUUUACUGAAUAAAAAUGUAUGUUGUGUAUGAAACUGUUUUUUUUUUCUUUAAAAAUGCGAUUCUACAAAAUAGCUUGUUAAACUUUACGUUACAUAGAUAUCUCUUUUUACCAACUUUAUGUCUUUAACCUACAUAAUGUAAUGUUAUGUUUAUUUAUUAACAAAUGUAGAGGCCGUAAGCCUUGGACAAUCCUUGAAUGAUUUAUAGUCCAUUUUAUGACUGUUCGGAAAAUUGAAAAUUAAAAAAGAACCGUUGAUUCGACUUAAAUGUUAUACAUUUUUCGAAAAUUGAUCUCACUCUAUUGGCGCUAUCGAAUGUUCGUUGAUUUGAACGUCAUUCGUGUUAUUAUUGUCGAACGUCCAUAUUGUGUGAGAAAAGGUCAAAGUCGGAAAAUAAAACAUUCUCCAAGAUAACUAAUAAAAAUAAUUACGAAAAAUAAGACGAACUGAUGGAAUCGAAACCGAAUGUAGAGAGGUGUUGAUGAGUUUGGUUCUUCAAAAACAAAACAAUAGGAAUAUUGGGACCGAUUUGCUACAACCCUUAACUCACUUGGGCAACCUACUCACGAUGGAAAAGAAAAAUUAUUGAACGAUGAAAUAAAAAUAUAAAACUACCAAGGAACAUUAACCGUUCUCCUCUUUAGUUCCACUUUUCAACAACUGACUUAAGAUUACUCGAGUUCCAUACAAAGGAAUCAUGGGUUGAUCCAGUAUAUCUUAAGUCAACAUAACAAAUACACAUUUUAUGUUCACACGUUUAAAAAACUUGCAAUAAAAAUCAAAAGCUGCAAUCGGCGAAAAAUUUA